GUCAAACACUCAGCUCAUCGUGCUCAAAAGCUCUGAAAGCAGUUGGAGCUGUGUGUCUCCUCACGUCACUGCCUCAAGCUGAUCUCCUGCCAUGAUUAAAGUCUCCUAAAGCUCCAGCCGAGGAUCCUGCGCUCUUCUUUCUCUCCUCUUCUUCUCUCCAGCUGCUUUUCUAUCAGACAGAAGAGAGACCCAGGGCUGCUGCAGGGAGAUCUGAUCCGGAUCGUCCCUGAGCUGCGUUUUCUUUUAUAAAGUGGAUUAUCAGAGGGGCAGGAUGUGGUGGCUGAGGUUGUUGAUUUUGGGAUUUUGGUCAGCUCUUGUGGUGUUUGGCGCAACUGAAGAUGUCAAACCAGAGCAGAAGGAAGUCAGCAGGACCAAACGCAGAGGAAACACAGGGCAGCUCAGCCUCAAGGGACCAAAUGUGUGUGGAACACGACAACACCUGUUCUGCUGUCCUGGAUGGAAAACACUGACAGGAGGAAACCAGUGCAUUGUCCCGAUCUGCCGUAGUUCCUGUGGUGACGGAUUUUGUUCCAGACCAAACAUGUGCACCUGCCCAACUGGACAAAUCGCUCCGUCCUGUGGAUCCAAAUCAGUUCAAAACUGUAACAUCCGCUGUAUGAACGGAGGAACGUGUGCUGAAGAUCACUGUCAGUGUCAGAAAGGUUACACCGGGGCUCACUGCGGCCAGCCGGUGUGUGAGUCAGGAUGUUUGAAUGGAGGAAGGUGUGUUGCUCCAAACCGCUGUGUGUGUACAUAUGGAUUCACCGGAGCUCAGUGUGAACGAGACUACCGGACAGGACCGUGUUUUGCUGCAGUGAGUAAUCAGAUGUGUCAGGGGCAGCUGACAGGGAUAGUAUGCACUAAAACACUGUGUUGUGCGACGGUGGGCCGAGCCUGGGGUCACCCCUGUGAACAGUGUCCUGCUCAGCCUCAGCCUUGCCGCCGGGGCUUCAUCCCAAACCACCGCACCGGAGCAUGCCAGGAUGUGGAUGAGUGCCAGGCCAUUCCUGGUCUGUGUCAGGGAGGAAAAUGCAUUAACACAGUGGGCUCGUUCGAGUGUAAAUGCCCUGCAGGACACCGAUUCAAUGAGAUCAGCCAGAAAUGUGAAGAUGUAGAUGAGUGUUCAACUAUCCCUGGAUUGUGCAGUGGAGGUGAAUGCGCCAACACCAUCGGUAGCUACGUCUGUAGAUGUCCUGUGGGAUAUGACACAGCCCUGGAUGGAUCACGAUGCAUUGAUGCCCAUGCAGGACUUUGCUUUGACAGUAUCAUAAAUAACCGCUGUGCAAACCAGAACUCCCAGCGUAUGACCAAGACCCAGUGCUGCUGCUCAGUGGGCCGUUGCUGGGCCAGAAACACCAUCCCUGAGAUUUGCCCCAGCCAUGGAACAGAGGACUACCAGAUAUUGUGCCAACAGGUCCAGCCUCUUGUUCCUGGUCCUAUUGGACCUUAUGUUCCUGGUGUACCUGGUACCGACCCACGUGUUCCUGUUGGUCCCAAUAUUGUCCCAUAUGUUCCAUACAAUCCUUAUGUUCCUGGUCCAUAUGUCCCUUCUAUUCCUGUUCCAGAACCUCCUGACCAUCCAGUUGUUGUACCACCACUACGCAUUGUGCCAGGUAACAUUUCAAACAUGUGUGAAGUCGUGAGGAACCUGUGUUUGAAUGGUCGCUGCAUUCCAGUCCCUGGGAGUUACCGCUGUGAGUGUAACAUGGGCUUCCGUCUUGAUGACCGUGGGGAGUGUAUUGAUGAUGACGAGUGUGAGCGUAAUCCAUGUGUACAUGGCCAGUGCAUCAACAUUCCAGGUUCCUACUACUGUCAAUGUCCUCCUGGGUUUCAGACAACUGCUACCAGAACUGAGUGCAAAGAUCUGGAUGAGUGUGUAGCUAACGGACGUAUCUGCAAUAAUGGACGCUGUGUGAAUACGGAGGGGAGUUUCCACUGUGUGUGUAAUGCUGGCUUUGAACUCACUUCUGAUGGGAGGAACUGCCAAGAUAUGGAUGAGUGUAAGAUUAGGAACAUCUGUUUGAACGGGAUGUGCAUCAACGAUGAUGGCAGCUUCAAGUGCAUCUGUAAAGCCGGGUUCCUGCUGGAUGGGACGAGACGCUACUGCAUCGACAUUGACGAGUGUGAGACUCCAGGAAUGUGUUUAAAUGGCCGCUGUGUGAACACUGAGGGCUCCUACAGGUGUGAGUGUAUGCCGGGACUUGCUGUUGGCCUUGAUGGGCGCACAUGUCUGGACACACACAUGCGCAGUACGUGUUAUGGUGGAUAUAAGCGUGGUCAGUGUGUGCAGCCGUUCUUUGGCGUGCUGACAAAAUCUGAAUGUUGCUGUGCGAGUUCAGAAUAUGCCUUUGGAGAACCAUGCCAACCCUGCCCACCACAGACCUCAGCUGAAUUUGCUGCUCUGUGUCCAAGUGGAAUCGGUACCACCACUGAUGGAAGAGAUAUUAAUGAAUGUGCGUUGGAUCCUGAUAUCUGUCCAAACGGAGAGUGUGAGAACAUGCUGCGUACCUACAAGUGUAACUGUAACCUGGGCUUUGAGGUGGACUUGACAGGGAAAGUCUGCGUAGAUGUUGAUGAAUGUGUGAGGAACAGGUUGCUGUGUGAUAACGGGUUCUGCCGGAACACUCCAGGCAGCUACGUCUGUCAGUGCCCCAAAGGCUUUGAAUUCAAGCCUGAGACUGAAGUGUGUGAGGAUAUCGAUGAGUGUCUGUCCAAUCCCUGUAUAAAUGGAGACUGUAAGAACACUGUGGGCAGCUUCACCUGUGAAUGUGGUACAGGCAGCAGUCUGGAUUCCACUGGGACCCAGUGUAUUGAGACGAGUAAGAGUACAUGCUGGUUGAAGGUGGUUAACAAUCAAUGUGAGAUGAACAUUAAUGGAGCGACGCUGAAGUCUGAAUGCUGUGCUACACUCGGAGCAGCAUGGGGGUCACCAUGUAAAGUGUGUGAGAAAGAUACACACUGCCCGAAAGGACAUGUCCCUGCCAGAGGAACAGGUUGUGAAGAUGUGAACGAGUGUGAAGUAUUUCCGGGUUUGUGUAUUAAUGGGAAGUGUGUAAACACGGUCGGAUCAUUCUUCUGUCAGUGUCCCACUGGAAUGACAAUUGACGCAUCUGGAAGAAUCUGCAUCGAUCUGCGUACAGAGCACUGUUAUCUAUCCCAUGAGGACGAGCGAUGUGGAACUCCACUCCCUGGCCGUCAUCGUGUGGAUGCGUGUUGUUGUUCAGUGGGUGUGGCCUGGGGACCGGAGUGUGACGAGUGUCCUGAGAAAGGCUCAGCUGAAUAUGACCAACUGUGUCCACGGGGACCGGGGUUCUCUCACCACCGCGUUCACUUCAUCAAUGGAAAACCCUUCCUCAAAGAUAUAAACGAGUGUAAGAUGAUCCACAACCUCUGCACUAAUGGAAAGUGCCGGAACACCAUCGGCAGUUUCCGAUGCAGGUGUAAUAGCGGCUUUGACCUCGACGCUGAUGAGAGGAACUGUACAGAUAUCGAUGAAUGUCGUAUCUCUCCUGAUGUGUGUGGUUAUGGAACGUGUGUGAACACGGCGGGAGACUUCGAGUGCGAGUGUUUCCCUGGUUAUGAAAGUGGUUUCAUGAUGAUGAAGAACUGCAUGGAUAUCGAUGAGUGUGAGAGAAAUCCACUCCUGUGUCGUGGAGGUGACUGUAUAAACACUGAGGGAAGUUUCCAGUGCGUGUGCCCUUCAGGACAUGAAGUUUCUACUGAUGGAACGGCCUGUCUCGACAUUAACGAGUGUGAGCUGAGUGAUAAACUGUGCAGAAAUGGACAGUGCGUAAACAUGAUCGGACGCUACCAAUGUUCUUGCAACACCGGCUACAAAUCCACAGAGGAACGACUGUCCUGUAUUGAUAUUGAUGAAUGCACGAUCCUGAAUGGCGGCUGUGAGACGACCUGCACCAACUCAGAUGGCAGCUAUGAAUGUAGCUGUCGCCGUGGAUACGCUCUGAUGCCUGACCAACGAAGCUGCACGGACAUUGAUGAAUGUGAGGAGAGUCCAGAUAUCUGUGAUGGUGGUCAGUGCACCAACAUUCCAGGAGAGUUUCAGUGUCUCUGCUAUGAUGGUUAUAUGUCCUCUGAAGAUAUGAAGACCUGCCUGGAUGUGGAUGAGUGUGAGCUAAACCCUAAUAUCUGUCUGAGUGGGAAGUGUGAGAACACCAAAGGAUCUUUCAUCUGUCACUGUGAACUCGGCUACUCUGUCAGGAAGGGAACAACUGGCUGCACAGAUAUUAACGAGUGUGAAAUCGGAGCUCAUAAUUGUGCCAGACACGCCACUUGCACCAACACAGCUGGAAGCUUCAAAUGUAGCUGUGGACCAGGAUGGAUCGGGAAUGGGAUUGUAUGCACAGAUCUGGAUGAGUGCUCUAACGGUACACAUCAGUGCAGCCCAAAUGCGGAGUGUAUGAACACCAUGGGCUCCUACCGCUGCAUGUGUAAAGAGGGAUUCGCUGGAGACGGGUUCUACUGCUCAGAUUUUGACGAGUGUGCGGAGAACGUAAACCUGUGUGAGAACGGUCACUGCCUGAACGUUGCCGGGGGUUACCGCUGUGACUGCGACAUGGGCUUCAUAGCAACACCUGAUGGACAAGCAUGUGAAGACAUUGACGAGUGUUCGUUUGCUGAUAUCUGUGUGAACGGUCGCUGUCGAAAUAUCCCGGGCUUGUUCAGGUGUGUUUGUCAUAUUGGCUACGAGCUGGACCGCAGUGGAGGAAACUGUACAGAUGUAAACGAGUGCGCUGACCCCACCACAUGUAUCAGCGGGUUUUGCGUGAACACUCCAGGGAGCUACAUCUGUAACUGCCCCCCCGACUUUCAGCUCAACCCUACAGGAGUCGGCUGUGUGGACACUCGUUCUGGGAAUUGCUAUCUUGACGUCCGUUCCCGUGGCGACGCUUCAGAGAGUUUGGACUGUUCCAAUGAGAUUGGUGUGGGCGUGUCCAAGGCCUCCUGCUGCUGCUCGUUAGGGCAAGGGUGGGGAAAUCCAUGUGAGGCCUGUCCACUACUUAACUCCUCUGAGUAUAAAAAUCUGUGUCCCGGUGGAGAGGGGUUCAGACCCAACCCUAUUACAGUCAUAGUAGAAGACAUUGAUGAGUGUCAGGAGCUGCCUGGUUUGUGUCAGGGCGGAGUCUGCAUCAACAUGUUUGGGAGUUUUCAGUGUGAAUGUCCGAAAGGCUUUGCUCUCAAUGAGGAAACUCGAGUGUGUGAAGAUGUGAAUGAAUGUGAGAAACCUGGGAUCUGUGGUCCAGGUCAGUGCUACAACACCAUUGGGAACUACACCUGCAUCUGUCCUCCAGAUUACAUGCAGGUUAAUGGAGGAAACAACUGCAUGGACAUGCGGCGCAGUCUGUGUUACAGGAACUAUUACACGGAGAACGCCACAUGUGACGGCGAGCUCACAUUCAACAUGACGAAGAAAAUGUGCUGCUGCUCCUAUAACAUCGGCCGAGCUUGGAACAAACCGUGUGAACGGUGUCCUACACCCAGUACCAAUGAGUUUGCUAUUCUGUGUGGCAGCGAGAGGCCGGGAUACCAAAUCGAUAUCUACACUGGACUUGUGAUUGAUAUUGAUGAGUGCCGUGAGAUCCCAGGAAUUUGUGAGAAUGGAGUGUGUAUCAACCUUAUUGGCAGUUUCCGGUGUGAAUGUCCAAUGGGAUUUGUUUACAAUGACAAACUGCUCAUCUGUGAAGAUAUUGACGAGUGUCAGAACGGACCCAUGUGUCAGCAGAAUGCCAGGUGUUUGAAUCUUGCAGGCAGUUAUCGCUGCGAGUGUGAGCAAGGAUAUAGAAUCACCCCCACCGGACUGUGUCUGGAUCGUAACGAGUGUAUCGAGAACCCGAAUGUGUGCCAUCCAGGUCAGUGUAUUGAUCUGGUGGGAGGAUAUGAGUGUCUCUGCACCAAUGGCUACAAGGCAACCACUUCCCCCCCCAUGUGCAUCGAUGUGGACGAGUGUGAGAGACAGCCAUGUGGUAACGGAACGUGUAAGAACACCAUUGGCUCGUACACCUGCCUCUGCUAUCCAGGGUUCCAACUGUCACACAAUAAUGACUGCAUCGACACUGAUGAGUGUACCACCCAGAGAGGAAUAUGUCGCAAUGGGAACUGUAUCAACACAGUGGGCUCCUUCACAUGUGUGUGUCGUGAUGGUUAUGAACUUUCUCCAGACCGCCGAGUGUGUGUGGAUGUUAAUGAGUGCGACAUGAAUCCUGGAACUUGUAGUCCAGGAACCUGCCAAAAUCUGGAUGGCUCCUACAGGUGUAUCUGUCCUCCUGGAUAUUACCUCAAAGAUGAGAAGUGCAUAGAUAUCGAUGACUGCGCUCAGACUCCAGAUAUCUGUAUCUUUGGACAAUGCCAAAAUACAGCAGGAAGCUUCAAGUGCAUUUGUCCUGACGGCUUCCAGCUCUCCUCAUCUGGGAGGAGGUGUGUGGAUAAACGAGUGAGUUUUUGCUACACCAAGUUUGAGAAUGGUCAUUGUUCUGCUCCAAAGCCUCUAAACACCACUAAAGGAGAAUGCUGCUGCAGCGCUAUGCCUGGUCAAGGAUGGGGAGACCCCUGUGACCUCUGCCCCAACAAGACCUCUGAUGACUUCACCAUGCUCUGCUACAGCAGAGGACAGCCGUAUGGUACAAACGAUGGACCUGAGGACACGGACGAGUGCAAAGACCCGAACAUCUGCCAUAAUGCUCAAUGUAUAAACACAGAUGGUUCAUUCCGCUGUGACUGUCACAUCGGAUACACUCUAGACUCAUCAGGGGCAAACUGCAUUGAUAUAGAUGAGUGCAGCGUGGGGAAUCCGUGUGGUAAUGGAACCUGCACUAACGUGAUUGGAGGAUUUGAGUGUGCAUGUGACGAGGGAUUUGAACCUGGACCCAUGAUGACAUGCGAAGAUGUGAAUGAGUGUUCCCAGAAUCCUUUGCUGUGCGCCUUCCGCUGUAUGAACACAUACGGCUCCUAUGAGUGUAAAUGUCCUGCGGGAUACGUGCUCCGAGAAGAUCAAAGGAUGUGCAGAGACCAGGACGAGUGUGCAGAAGGUCUGGACGACUGCAAGUCCAAAGGAAUGACGUGUAAAAACCUGAUUGGAACCUACAUGUGUAUCUGUCCAGUGGGAUACACCCGGAAACCAGGAGGAGAGGGGUGUAUAGAUCUGAAUGAGUGUACAGCGAAACCCCGAGUCUGUGAGAACGGCCGUUGUGAGAACACGGUAGGAAGCUACAGGUGCAGGUGUGACCAAGGGUUCACCCCCAGCUCCACACUGACUGAGUGUAUCGAUAACCGGCAGGGUUUCUGUUUCACUGAGGUUCUACAGACUCUGUGUCAGAUGGGCUCCUCUAACCGAGUGAGUGUGACGAAAUCAGAGUGUUGUUGUAAUGGAGGUCGUGGUUGGGGGUCAGAGUGUGAGAUCUGUCCACUUCCUGGAACAAUGCAGUACAAAAAAAUGUGUCCACUUGGUCCUGGAUACACCACCGACCGGCAGGAUAUUGAUGAGUGUAAGGUGAUGGGGAACGUGUGUAAGAAUGGCCGAUGUGCGAACACACCGGGCUCCUACCAGUGCAUCUGUAACCCCGGAUACACCACCGACAUCACAAGUACCAUCUGCGUGGAUGUGGAUGAGUGUGCUCAGGCUCCUAAACCAUGUAACUUCAUCUGUAAGAACAUUGAGGGGGGAUAUGUGUGCUCCUGUCCACGGGGUUACAUACUGCAGGAGGACCGCAAGAGCUGCAAAGAUCUGGAUGAAUGUUCCACUAAACAGCACAACUGUCAGUUUUUGUGUGUGAACACAAUUGGUGGGUUCACCUGCAAGUGUCCACCAGGAUUCACACAACAUCACACCGCCUGCAUCGAUAAUAACGAGUGUACGUCAGAUCCGGGUCUCUGUGGUCCUAAUGGAGUGUGCCAGAACAGUCCAGGAAGCUUCACCUGCGAGUGUCAGAGAGGAUUCUUACUUGACCAGGGUGGCCAACGCUGUGAAGAUGUUGAUGAGUGUGAUGGAGAUCAUCGGUGUAAUCAUGGCUGUCAGAAUCUGAUUGGUGGAUUCAGGUGUAGCUGUCCUCACGGAUACCUGCAGCACUACCAGUGGAACCAGUGUGUCGAUGAGAAUGAGUGUCAGAGUGGACAGGUGUGUGGCAGUGCGUCGUGUCACAACACCCUGGGCAGUUUCCGCUGUGUGUGUCCGAGUGGCUUCAUGUUCACGCAGCCCAGCGGAGUGUGUGAGGAUGUGAACGAGUGCUCGUCUCCACAGAACCCCUGCAAUUACGGCUGCUCCAACACCGACGGCGGGUUUGUGUGUGUGUGUCCACCAGGAUACUAUAGAGCCGGACAGGGGCACUGUGUAUCAGGAAUGGGCUUCAGCAGCAGUGCUCCCCCUGCAGUAGAUGAAGAGAAUGCUCUCUCACCAGAAGCAUGUUACGAGUGUAAGAUCAACGGCUACCCAAAGAAAGGCAGGAAACGACGCAGCAGCAACACAACAGAGGAACACAACACACAGUUCGAUCAGGAAGUGAUUACUUCAGCCAGCGUGGAUGUUGAUGACAUCAUUCGCUUUAACCUGAGCACCAGUGAGCUAAGUGCUAAAGAUCAUAUCAUCGAGUUCCUGCCAGCACUCUCCAUGCUCAAAAACCAUGUCCGCUAUGCUGUUGACUUUGGGAACGAUGCCGGCCUGUUCAAAAUCAACCAGAGGGAUGGCGUGAGCUUCCUGCACUUGUCCAAAAACAAGCGCCACCACCUUCUGCCUGGAGUUUAUUAUUUACAAAUCAGUGGUGUUCCUGUGUAUGGUAAGAAGGAGCUGGAGCUGCUUGAGGACAAGAACGAUAAAGACUACCUCAGUGGAGAACUGGGAGAAACACUACACAUUAAACUACAGAUCAACUUGCAUUAGCUUCAUCCCACAGAAAUGAUCAAAGAGGACUCUUAUUUACUACAGCUAAAGAUCUCCACAUCAGAGAUAACGUCUCUCCACAUCGUCUCUCAAAAUAAUCGUAACAAUAAUAACAGUACGUAUGUACAUUUCAAUAGAACUGAAACUGCAGCGUCAGUGUCUUUUCUCAUCAGCACACAUUCCCAAUUACAGCAUUGUUUGUACUGUGCCCUUGUCCACUUCCCCAUUCAACAAGUGUGUAACUGCAACAAGCAGCAAGCGUGAUGGAGCUAUCGCAAUUUCCUGAGAGUCAGCAGUUUCCUUGACAACCUGUACAGUCACAUGGGCUUGCUAGCUUUCUAGUGUGAUUUGUAAGUAUACAGAAUAAAGGCAGCAAACAAACAGAAAAAGCUGAAUAGCUAGCUAGCAUGGCAACAAAGGGUCUCCUCCCACUGCCAAAACUCGUGGUGAUUAGUCACAGGGGGAAAAACUGCUAACCAGCUGGCAUGUUAACUAGCUAGCAGAGCGAACCUAGCUGACUAGUUUGCUGGCUAAGUAAGUAGCAUGCUGAUGAGAUGUUAGUCAAUCCAUCCAACUGGACAGCUGUCUGUAUUUAUAGCAAUUAUCCACUAUAUUAAUCAGCUAACACAGUAAAAUGUGCCAAGUAACUGGCUUGCUAAUUAGCUAAUGUGCUACAGUGCUAGUGGAACCCAGCCGUACAGCUCCCUCAGUGUUAUGUACAGAUGGAAACGCACAAGGAACAAAAUCUUUUAAAAAAAAAAGCCCAAUGCCUUUUAGCUUCAGCCAACAUUUUGAAAACUUUCUCAAAUUGCAGCAAUGCUUUCUGGGUAAGUCGUGAUCCUGCAAACUAGCGUUGUCUACAACUCAAUCAACUAGCACAUCUUGGAUAGCUAAGGGGACUAGGUAUAGGGUAAGUGGACAAGGGCAGAUAAAAACAGUACUGAACAGUCAUAAAGCUAAAACAGUAAUAAACUGUGUUUGAGCAGGGGACUGGACAGAAAUAUCAUUUAUUAAAUCACUCAUCUGACCAAGUCUGUGUUUUUUUGACCACUUUAAAUUGUAACAAAGCCUUUAAGUUACACUUCAGUCCAAAAUAAAUGUCCAUAAUGUCCUCUUUAUCCUAAAUGUAGUUGUUGGGAUAUGAUUGAAGUUUACUUCUGUAGUUUUGCUCUGGAACUUGGAGGCUUGUGCAGCUAAAACGCAAACCCUACAUUCACAUUAGCCAAGUGACAGGACAGAUCACAGGCGGUCGUUCAUCUUCUGUGUCUGAGCGUGACGCACAGCUGCGAUUUCAGGAACAGCAGCACAAAUAGAUUUUCUGAAUUCGGUGAAAUGAUGCAACAUGAUGCGAUAAGUGGCAAAUGCACAGUAAUGUCUCAAACGAGUCCUUGGACAAAUCUUACGGUGCGUUCGCUCUGCACCUUCUUCAGUUCCCCACUCGUACCUUUACGCUGCAAUCCACUGCACUCAGAACCAAAAUAAAACCUGUCCUGUGACAUGGAAAAGUGCAACAGAACAGUGAUUCAACCUGGAAUUCCCGUCGGGAACGUGGCCAUCAUCCCCCUCGAGUUCUGGGAUAUAAACACAUCUAAUGUCACAGCAGUGUAGUGGCACUCAGUUAACAGGAACAGUUUUGUGUUUUUUUUUUUUAGAUUUGUAAUUUAAUUCUUAUUUCAGCCCAGUUUUACUAGUAUGAUAUGAUUACAAUGACAGAUCAUUUUCAUGAGCGAACAUGAACAAGAUUAGUAGAUGAUCCUAUCAUUCACCAUGUCUAAUCAAGCAGAAACAAUUUACAGUGCCUUGCAAAAGUAUUCAUACCCCUUGAACUUUUUCACGUUUUUCCAC